AUGGUAGAUCCACCAUUAAUAAAGGAGAGAAAGCACUCAAUACACAAAAGUCUCCAAACAGAGUCCUCUGUUUCACCUCAUCUCCACUCCAUCCUCUGUAAAUUUUCCAAGCCGGGCGUUCAAAUCAGAACAGUGACUCUCAAUUGCUUCACAGUAAUUUCUUCUUCCAAGUUCCAACAGCUCCCCACUGCCCAACCCAAUUCCUAGAAGUGCUCCCCACUCUCUGCCCACUGCUCUCUGCAUCCCAUGCGUCUACAUUGCACACACACACACACAAAAAAUUUAAUAUUAUUAUUAAUCCCCCAUUCCCGCCAAAACCUUCCCCUCAACAGUCAACACUCCUUCACUUCCUGCAUACAAACUUCCCUCUCGCCCAAAUUUACCGAAACGCCACUCCUCAUUUCUCUCCCCCUCUUUCUCGCUUCUUUUCCAAAUUAGGGCUCCGCUUCUCCGAGAUCUCCUCCAAUGUCGGAGCAGCUCGCCCGUAGAGUCUCCCCCAGGCCAUCCGAUCCCUCCGCCUCGAAAAAUCACGCCCGAAGAAAGUCUCUUUUCUCCUCAUCUGCUUCUUCUCCUCUCCCCCUGGCUUUCGUCGCCUCAGAUCUGGAAAUGUCGGACCGGAUGAGGCUUCGCCGAUCGCCGCGGUUCUGCGCGACAGCUCGAAACUCCGAUUCCGGCGCCAGAAAGGCCAAUGCGGCGCCGCCCGAGGGAUCAGCAGCGAAACCGCCGAAUAAGAAGAAGCUGAGAACUGGCUCGGAGCCUUCCAAGAAGAAGAGCGAGCUCGAGGAGUCGGCCUUCAUGCCAUUCUUCGCCGGCGAUCCCGUCCCCGACGACGAAGCUCGCCGUAGAUGGCCGUGGCGGUACCAGGAACAGGGUCGACAAAGUAAAAAUAAAUGCUUGACAUCUAAUGAUGAUGACGAGGAUGAGUUGGUUUUGAAUGUAAAGUGUCACUAUUAUCAAGCUGAAAUUGAAAAUUGCAUUUUCAAUCUUGGAGAUUAUGUGUAUGUCAAGGGCAAGGAAGGGGGGCAGAACUAUGUUGGGAGGAUACUAGAAUUUUUUAAAACAAUGGAUGAUGAAGAUUAUUUUAGGGUUCGGUGGCUCUAUAGGGCAGAGGACACGAUAAUGAAUGAAGAUGUGGCAUCUCAUGACAAAAGGCGUCUCUUCUAUUCCGACAUGAUGAAUGAUAAUUUGUUAGAUUGCAUUGUUUCAAAACUCAAAAUAAUACAAACAGCACCAAGUGUUAAUUUGAAAUCAAAAUGUAUUCCGACUUGUGACUUUUAUUAUGACAUGAAAUACUCUGUCGAUUAUUCAACAUUUUGUACAAUGGUAACAGAUAAUUCUGCAGAUGGUAAUAAUAUAUCCUCAUCUGCUUGCAUGAAGACAGUUCUUAUGAAUGGUAUUAAGCCUAAGUUUGAGGGAAUAUCUAGUCAUAAACCUUACAGAUCAGAGCUAGCCUUAUUAGAUAUUUAUUCUGGUUGCGGUGGAAUGUCAACUGGGUUGUGCCUGGGUGCCAAACUCUCAGGACUAGAUCUUGUGACGAGAUGGGCCAUUGACCUUAACAAAUCUGCAUGUGACAGCUUGAAGUUAAAUCAUCCAGGGAUACACGUUAGGAAUGAAUCUGCAGAGGAUUUCCUCCAUCUAUUGAAGGAAUGGGACAAACUGUGCAAAAGAUUUGGAACCAAAAAUGUUGAAAAAGUAACCAGAUCAAAUUCUAAGAUCUCGAGAGCAUCUCAGGAUUCAAAUUCUGGUGAAUAUGAAGUUUCCAGUCUAGUUGAUAUUUGUUAUGGUGAUCCCACCAAUACUGGCAAGCGUGGGUUGAAAUUUAAGGUUCGUUGGGCUGGCUAUGCUGCAAGUGAAGAUACGUGGGAGCCAGCUCAGGGUUUGAGUAAUUGCCAGGAACGCAUACAAGAUUUUGUACUAAAAGGGUUAAAAGCGAAGAUACUGCCUUGCCCGGGAGAUGCCGGUGUUGUUUGUGGAGGCCCUCCUUGCCAAGGGAUUAGUGGCUAUAACCGCUACAGAAAUGAAGAUUUUCCUUUGGACGAUGAAAGGAAUCGUCAAAUUGUAGUCUUCAUGGAUAUAGUGAACUUUUUAAAACCAAAAUAUGUUUUGAUGGAAAAUGUGGUUGACAUUUUGAGGUUUGCCAAAGGUUCCCUUGGAAGAUAUGCUUUAAGUCGUUUGGUUCAUAUGAAUUACCAAGCGAGGCUUGGAAUGAUGGCCGCUGGUUGUUAUGGUCUUCCGCAAUUUCGAUUACGAGUUUUCUUGUGGGGUGCGCAUCCACUUGAGAGAUUACCACAAUUUCCACUUCCUACACAUGAUGUGGUCUUGAAAUAUGGGGCUCCAUCUGAGUUUGAGCGUAAUGUUGUUGCUUAUGAUGAAACCCAAUCUCGAGAAUUGGAGAAAGCGCUUGUUCUUCGUGAUGCUAUCUCUGAUCUUCCUCCUAUCACAAACGAAGAAAUUCGGGAGGAGAUGUCAUAUAGAGCACCUCCAGAAACUGAUUUUCAAAGAUAUAUAAGAGCAACAAAAUGCGAGAUGAUGGGUUCCACUUCUGGCGGUAAAAUAAAAACACAGAAAUCUCGCCUAUAUGAUCAUAGGCCUCUACCGUUGACAGAGGAUGAUUAUGUCCGAGUUUGUCGAAUCCCAAAAAAAAAGGGAGCAAAUUAUAGGGACCUUCCAGGUGUAGUGGUUGGAUCUGACAAUGUUGCUCGGAGGGAUCCAGCAGAAGAGAUACUAUUGCCUUCUGGAAAGCCAUUGAUACCUGAAUAUGCAUUAAAUUUAUGGGAAGGGAAGUCUUUAAGACCUUUUGCACGGUUGUGGUGGGAUGAGACUGUGCCAACUGUGUUGUGUAGACCUGAUCCUCACAGCCAGGCAGUUUUACAUCCAGAGCAAGAUAGAAUGCUUACAAUUCGUGAAAAUGCAAGAUUGCAAGGGUUUCCUGAUUAUUAUGAAUUUUGUGGGAACAUUAAAGGAAGAUACUGUCAGAUAGGAAAUGCAGUUGCAAUUCCAGUUGCAAGAGCUUUAGGAUAUGCACUGGGGAUGGCAGUACAGAAACUGAGUGGAGACGAACCUCUCAUGACCCUCCCACCUAAGUUCUCCCAUUCCACAACUCUUCAGUUGUUGCAAUCUUCUCAUGAGAUUUAGUGUAAGUUAAUUUCCUUCUUUGUUUCACUUUUUUUCUUGUUCACAACAUGUACAAGAGAUGGUUCAGCGAAUAUUUAAAAUAAAACAGGAAUGCACAUUUAUCUU